CUGCAGCCCAGCUGGACGGGCAAGGAUUUUUCCCACUUUGCCAUCCCCACCGCGACAUGUACUGCGCCCACUUCGUCUGGAGUGUCGGGUCCGCUUGGCAACGAGGCACUAUGACACUGACGGACAGGGUGCUGGUGGUCUGCUUGUCUGCCUGCCCUGCCACCUGUCACGCACUUCUUUCGGACAGUUCCCAGAUUGACGGGUUGGCUGAUGCUCGGACCCGGGGCGUCUAUGAGUAUGAGUUCACUAGUUGCAUGUAUUAUAGGCUUAUAGGCUACAUGGUCAUGAUCUGCUUGGAGGGAUUGACGGGCUCAAAACAUGCGACGCAGCGCCCCGGGUCACGGAACUGUUCCGAAUUAUAGGAGCUUACGGAGUAUGAUCUCC